AUGGCAACUGCCUUUUCGGAAGAGUUGCGGCAACAUGCUGCUGAGCAGUGGAACCGUGUAAUCAACCAUCGCUGGACAAAGCAACUGGCGGCUGGAACGUUGGAUCUCAAAGUCAUGCGGCGCUAUUUGAUCCAAGACCAUCGGUUUUUGGAUGCGUUUGUUGUGCUGCUGUCCAGCAUGAUUUCUCAUGCGAGGACAUUGGAUGACAGAAUCCCUGGUUGCCAGUUUCUGGCCUUGAUCACAGGCAAAGAAAACACAUAUUUCGAGCGUUGUUUCCAGCAACUUCCGCGCUGCACGGAGAAGGAGCGGGCACGAAUCCCACAUGCACCUUGCACCGAAGGCUUCGACCGCCUCAUGCGAGAUGCUGCCAGGAGUGGCAACCUGGGGGAGAUGCUUUCGGUCCUUGUGGUGUGCGAGUGGACUUAUUUGUCCUGGGCAAAGAUUGUGGACCAAGGAGCGGUCCGUGAGAAUUUUGUCCUGUUCGAGUGGAUCGACCUUCAUACCUCGCUGGAGGAAGUCGUCGCUUACCUGCGUGGGCUGCUGGACAAGGAAGGCGAGCUGCUCGAUCAAGCGGGGCGAGAGCGUUGCAAGCAACGAUUUCUUCGAGCGGUACAGCUGGAAGAGGACUUCUUCGAGAAUGCUUUUGCCCUGGGAGAAGAGGAUCAG